AUGAAGUUCAACCAGGUCGGUCAUUGUAAUGUGGUGCGUCAGAAAAAGAAGACCAAAGUGAAUGGAAAGGUCAUCUGGGAGAAGCCUCGCUAUACCAAGCUGUACAGCAUCACCCUUCCAUCUGGCAAGAAAAUCCAGGUGAAAAGUGGAACCCAAAUCAUUGACCGCUGCUGGCAGCACACUAGAGGUUUUCUUCACAAUACGGCUCGCGCUCCACAAAACCCGGUGAUGACGAGAAAGAUUCGUUCAGCGCAGCGGGUGUACUGGCACGGGACACAGAACUUGCGGACAUGCACGGGCAAGAUGCUCGACUUCCUCUUUGAGGAU